AUGGGCGUGCGCGUCGAGGACGUCGCAGAGGAGCGCGUGGCGGCGGGCGUCGCGCCGCUGCUGACCCUCAAGCGCGCGACGGACUCCGCAGUGGAGGUCGCGGCCCCGGAGCUGGCGUCGGCGCGCGAGGAGCUCAUGAGCGCACAGGGCGCGACGAUGUCGUGCACGCUCGACAGAAUCCACCAGCUGCGCCAGUCCCUGCUCGACCUGGGCACCGAGCAGGACGCCGUCGAGCUGUGCACCUGGGGCACGAUGCCGGCCUUCCGCGUCGCGCGCGACGGCACCGUCGAAGCCCACCCCGGCCCGCCGCUCGACCCCGUGCACGCCCGCAUCGCGGCGCUGCACGAGGUGCGCCGCGACAUGGAGCGCGCCGCGACCGGAGAGGCGCCUGCGCCGCCGCCGACGCGCGCGCAGCGCCGGGCGCGCACUGCGGGCACAGAGGGGGGUCUGCGCGGGGCGAUGGCGCGGAUGGGGGAGCUCGUGCGCGGGGGGGGAGUCGGCCGGAAGCACGGCGUCGGGCCGAUGCUGUUCGAGCCAGGCGUGGCGGGGCGCGAGGCUGCGCGUCGGACGGCGGCGGCGGGCGCGGGCGGGCGCGAGCGGGGGGGGAGUCUGCGGCACAAGCCGGGGGGGGGUAAAGCGCCGACUGCGGUGGCACGGGGGGCGCUGGGGGCGGCGAGGGACCGGUGCGACAAGGGGUGGUACCUUCGGGGCGUCGAGGCGCUGCCGGGGGGACUGUACGUGGGGUAUAAGGCGCUGGCGGUGGACAGAUCGGCGGGGGGGGGAGUGAAGCUGCUGUCGCUGGAUGAGGCGCAGGUGGUGGUGGGGUUGGGGGAGAAGCGGACGCUCGCGGCGCCGAAGUUUCCGGUCGCGCUGACGCCGCAGGACGCCCUCGAGCUGCCUGUCAGGGAGGACUGGCUGCACUGCCCCCCUAAGCCCCGGCUGCAUGGGCGGCGCACGGCGUGGAUGGCGUGCGUGGAGCGCUACGAGGGCCCGCUCAGCACGCGGCGCGCGGCGUCGCUCCCGCGCGUGGUGGUGCGCGUGCUGGCGGGGGGGCGUCACCGCCGGGACCCCGCGUCAGGGGUGGUGUAUUUCAGCCAGGUGCGGUAUGUCAGACUCGUGGACAGCGGGGACGUCGUCGGGGGCGACGAGUACCUGCCCGGCGCGCCGCGGUGGGAGGCGGCGGGGGGGGACUGGGACGCGUGGGAGCUGGAGGAGGGGGGGGUGUAA